AUGGGAAAGAAAAGAAAACAUGAGGUGAAAGAUAGAGAAGAGAUUUUAAGGCCGAGGGGAGGAUGCAUCGGAGCUGUGGUACUAUUCUUAAGUUCUAGAUGGUAUGGGUUCACCCUGAUAUGGUUUAGAGAAGUGAUUAGUGGUAAGAUUUUGCAAUUGGAGAGUGUCACACAGUCAGAAGCCAUGAGGAGGCGGUAUCGCUACUUGAGCCAUUUUUCUUUAACAACCACGUUUCAGCUGCCAAUUCCACCUCUAAUGAAGACCUUGGUGGGUCCCACUCCUAGUUUAAGGAAACUAAUGUUUACAUCACUGGCCAGCAGGAACUCGGAGUUUUGUAAUCAAUUUUAUCGGGCUUAUUUUGUGCUGAUUGUGCAAGAAAUAUUUGAUGUGAUGACCGACAGUUUCCAUAAACUGGGAUUUAACCUGCAUAUGUUGGUGUUGCAGCACUUAUUCUGCCUGGUGGAAUCUAGGUCAUUAACUGAGCCUUUGUGGGACACAUCAACUGUUUCAUAUCCGUAUCCAAACAACGGGAUGUUUGUGAGAGACAGAGAGAGUACACUAUUAAGCUUCUUGGUGCCUCUUUUCCAAAUAUUCCAACAUCUGAGGUUAGAUAGCCUAGUUGGGUUGUUUGGAGCAGGAUGUCAACCAAGUUCAACUAAUGACCCUUUUGGCCUACCAAGAAUCUCAUAUGGUCUUGUCCAAGUGUUGGUAGAAAAAGAUAGAAACUUGGACUUACAACAUGCUUUGGAAGUUGAUGCUUCUGUGAAAUCUUUGAAAAUAGAUGUUGUAACAAUAUGCGAGGUUGUGGGAAAGGUCUUGCCAGAGCUAAAUGGAAAGCUUACUGGAAUGGAUUUUAGGGUUCAUGGUUUGAUGGGUUUAACCAACCAAAGAUUCUUACGUUAUGUUCCACAAUUGCCCCUGAUACAGGCACAAUGCUCUCAACUAGUCGGCCAUCAAAUCUUCUGA